UUCACCUCUCUCUCUGUCUCUCUCUCUCCGAUCACUGUUUCAUGAGAUCAAAGAAGAUGUCGAAAGUCAGCGCCUUUUGCACGGUAGCCAUCCUCCUCCUCUUCGUGCUAACCCCCGCCGCCGCCCGGCCGGUGCCUGCAUUUCCCGGUGAUGCUCAGGCGGCGAAAACCCAACACGAGGUGGUUGAUGGAGCAGAGUUGGAGGAAAGCUGCCAAGGAGUGGGAGAAGAAGAGUGUUUGAUCAGAAGAACCCUAACCGCCCACCUUGAUUACAUCUACACCCAGAAGCAGAAGCAGCCAUGAAAGUUAAUUAAACGAUAUAUAUAUAUAUAUAUCCAUUCUUCACCAUAUAUAUAUAUAUAUAUAAGUCUUCUUUAAAUUAGUCUUCUCUUUUCCACUGUUACCUGUGCUGCUGGAAACACUAGUACGAUGAUUUUGUAUGAUUCAAUAUAUAUAUAUAUAUAUAUAGAUGUUAAUUAAUUUGCA